AUGUCGUCGUCUACAGGAGGGACUGCCAUUCUCGACCCGCAUCUGCUUCUGAAAGGUUUAGAAGACCAGCCAUGGUUCGAGAAGAACAUUCCCCUGCUGAACAUACCCGAUAAACAGACCCUGGAGGCAUACUACUACCGCUGGCAGACCUACAAAGAACACCUUGUCUACACCGGAACAGACUAUGGCGCACCGUAUGGUGGUAUCGUGGCUGCUGCAGGUCAUCAUAUCACCGAAGGCCGGUGGAUACAUGAUACGAGAUAUGGUCAAGAUAUCGCAAAGUAUUUGCUCGUUGGACCAGGCCAGUUCCCAAAACCAAUGAGAGACGAUGUCAACAAAGAUACCUCCGACUGGGCGCACGAGUAUAGCUGA